AUGAAGAACGUCGUCGUCGUCGGUGGCGGGAUCGCCGGCCUCAGCGCUGUCCACACGCUGCGCAAACUGCUGCCGUCGGCCGUCCAGAUCCACCUCGUUGAAGCGGCGAACCGCCUCGGCGGGCUCGUGGGCACGACCCGCGACGACAAGUACCUCUUCGAGGUCGGGCCGCGUGGCUUCCGCCCGUCCAAGAACGGCGCCGAGAUCGUUAGCCUCGUUGAGCAGCUCUCGCUUCAAGACGAGUGCAUCGAAUCCAUGGGCCACAACCGCUUUGUCUUUACGAAUGGCCGCGUCGAGCAAGUGCCUGGGACACCGCUCGAGUUUCUUCAGUGGUCGCUCGCACCCGACAUCAUCAAGGCCGUGCUGAACGAAGUCACAACCCCCAAAUCGAAUGCCAGCGACGAGUCGAUCUACGACUUUGUUGCGCGUCGCUUCUCGCCGCGGAUUGCCGAAGCGCUUUUAGACCCAAUGGCCUCUGGUAUUUUCGCAGGAAACAUCAAACACCUCUCGGUGCGGUCGUGCUUUGGCCUGCUCUACGAAAAAGAGCAGAUGCACGGCUCCGUCGUGCGCUCGAUGCUCUUCCACUCGACGCCGCCAGCGCUCACGAUGGCCGACGGCAGCCUCAAGACGCCGUUUGUCCAAGCCAAGGGCAAGGCCAUGAGUCUCAGCUUCCGCAACGGCAUGCAAACGCUCAUCGACGCGCUCUCGACGCACAUUGCUAGCAUGCCAAACACGCGCGUGCAGCUCAACACGUCGCUCCAGAGCAUCGACACUGCGUCGCCAGAGAAGGUCCGCGUGGCGUUAGCAACCAAGGACGGCACGUCGUCUGAGAUUCUCGCCGACCACGUCUUCUCGGCGAUUCCGGCGCGCCAUUUGAUGCCGGCGCUUGCGGCGUCUGCACCGACGGCGGCGCGCGCAAUGGGCGAGAUCCCGUUCGCAUCGGUGGCGAUCGUUACGCUCGGGUACCGCGCCAACGUGCUGCCGCACCGCGGGUUUGGCCAUCUCGUGCCGAGCUGCGAGAAGCAGAACAUCAUCGGCGUCAUCUACGACUCGUGCUCGUUUCCGCAACAGCAAGACGACGAGCAUCUCACGCGCCUCAGCGUCUUUGUCGGCGGCGAGAACCACAAGGAGCUCAUGGCCACACUGAGCUUGGCCGAGAUGGAGGACGUCGCGCGCACGUCGGUCGAAGCGCACUUGGGCAUCACCGAGUCGCCCGAGUAUAUCGCGAGUACGUGGUACCAAGACGCGAUUCCGCAGUACCCCGUCGGGUUCCAUGCGCUCGUUGGGCGUAUCGAGACCGACCUGUCGGUAAAUGUGCCCCGUCUCACGCUUCUCGGCAACAGCUUUUACGGUGUCGGCCUCGCGGACGCGGUGCAUCGGUCGACGGUGGCCACGACAGCGUUCGCAAAGACGCACUUUGCAUUAGAGUAA